GCUUGAGUCUAGUCAUAGGCACCUAUGACAUGCCAACCAUGUUGGUAGCAAAGAGAUUACAGGUGAUUCACCGUACAACAACCUACUUCAUCAGUUCUCCACAGUCAUCCCUCUGGAACCUACUCCAACACUGGAGUACAAAAUAUGUAGAGAGAAAAAAGAACAAUGACUUUGGAAUUGUAGCCCAUAGAGUGAGAUAGUAUUAGAUGAAUGUGGACUGCUGAAUGCAGUGUACCAACAUCAACAGCAAGGAAGUUCUGUUAUCACUUCAAUGUCAUCACUCUAGCACAUACUGCAGCUCCACUGCCACUGCUGCUGCCGCCACCAUUGCCGUCCCCAUGACCAAUGUCAGAACUGCACCAGCCAGCUGUGCCAUCAGCCCCUACUUCUGCUCCAUUGUCACCACUAUCAUCAUUAUCUCUGGAUCCAGAAGCAGAAGCACCAGCUGCCCCUACUCCAGCAUCAACUGGACGAGCACCACGGCAUCUGCAUCCGCUUUGACCCAACCAGUCCCAGACCCCACACCGCUGCCAGAGCUGCCAUUGAUGUGCUUUUGUGUCUUAGGCGACACAGCAACCCCGGUGCGUGAUAGAUCUGCCCAAUCUUCUGUGGAAACAUCAGUGCUGCAUGGUGGCACACUUCUAGACCAUGGAAAGGGAGUUCUUCCUUAAGGAGGGUAGGACGUCAAACGGGCCGACUUGGAGCAGGAGAGGCACCACAUGACAUUUUAAUUUCCACUGUCUAUACUUUUACAAAUAAAUUCACAAAACUUUGUCAGCAUGACCAGGAAGGAUUCAGAAUUCACACUCAUAACAGUGGAAGUUCGAAAACAUAACGAAGUAAUUUUUUUUACAUGUGAAAUUUCAUUAUUUUUUUCACUUACUAAUGGCAGCAUUUGUUGCUACAGGUACACUUUUCUUCAUAAGUAAGAGAGAUGGUUCGAUGAAUUUUGCACAGCAUACAAACCAUACUUAAAGGUGUAUGAAACUCUAGACUAUCACCUGCCAUACAGUCCGACAACCAGGAGUGGUGGUCUGGGGUACCAUUUCAUUUCAUAGCAGGACCCCUUUGAUUGUCAUCCGCGCCACGCUUACAGUACAGUGGUACGCUGAUGAUAUUCUACGCCCCAUUUUGUUGCCCUUCAUUGCAAGCAAUCUUGGGCUUCAAUUUCAGCAAGAUAACGCCCGCCCGCACAUGGCGAGAGUUUCUGCUGCUCGUCUUCCUGCCAGCCAAACCCUACCUUGGCCAGAUCUCGCCAGAUCUCUUCCCAAUUGAGAACGUUUGGAGCAUUAUGGACAGGCCCCUCCAACCAUCUCGGGAUUUUCACGAUCUAACGCGCCAGUUGGACAGAAUUUGGCACGAUGUUGCUCAGAAGGAUAUUCAAGAGCUCUGUCAAUCAGUGGCGAGCCGAAUGACUGCUUGCGUAAGGGUCAGAGGUGGACCAAGUCGUUAUUGACAUGCU